AUCCGUUGAAAAAAAUCCGGCACCUCCAUCAAAUCAGAUCUCACGCCCCUGCAGCCAAAACAAAAUCAGCAUCCGGAUCUCCACAUUCCCCACCAAAAAUCAUCCUCCGGACGAAAUCAGCGGCGGCGGAGAUGGGAGCGGAGUGCCGGUACGAGGUGGCGCAGGCGGCGUACAUCAAGCUGGCGCUGCACGCACUGAAGCACCCGGCGACCGCCGUCAACGGCCUCCUCGUCGGUCGCCUCGUCGAGCCUUCGUCCUCACCGGCCGUCGUCUCGGUCAUUGACGCCGUGCCGCUUUCUCACCACCCGCACCAUCUGCCGCUGCUCCCCACGCUCGAGCUCGCGCUCACCCUCGUCGAGGACCACUUCGCAACCCAGGGCGAAGGCCUCGCCGUCGUCGGGUACUAUCACGCCAACCCGCGCUGCGACGACACCGAGCUCCCGCCAGUCGCCAAGCGCGUCGGAGACCACAUCUUCCGAUACUUCCCCCGCUCCGCGGUGUUGUUGGUCGAUAACAAGAAGCUUGAGGAGGCCGUCAAGGGGAAGUUUUCUGAUGCGGUGAUUCAGUUACACACCAGGGAUUCAUCAAAAAGUUGGCGUCAGGCUGGAUCAGAUGGAAGCAGUCAGCUGAUUCUAAAAGAACCUUCUACCAAUGUUGUCCUAGCUGAUCAUGUUACAACAAAGAAAUGGGAGAAAAUUGUUGAUUUCGAUGACCACCUUGAUGAUAUUAGCAAGGAUUGGUCGAACCCAGGCCUCCUUGACUGAAUUUUCAUGAUUGAUCUCGCUAUACUGUUUUGGAACUUCGCUAGAAAUGAGGUGGUGAAGCUCGUCCUGCUGUGCUAUGGAUUUCUCUCAGUCGCAACGAGUUGUAAGCACUAAGCACGGAUUUCAUUUUAAUGUAAAUGAGUGAUUUUGUAACAAUUACAGUUCAAAAUGCUAAAAUUAUGCAGAGACCAUGAGAUUGUUUCAAGGUCAUG